AUGUACCUACUGGUCUAUGUCGAUGAUAUUAUCUUGGUCAGUUCUUCACCGACAGCUGCUACUGCUCUCAUUUCUGCUCUUGGCGCUGAUUUUGCUGUCAAAGAUUUGGGUCAGUUGCACUUCUUCUUGGGUAUUGAGGUUGCUCAUCAUUCCACUGGUCUGGCUCUCACUCAGAAGAAGUAUUCUCUGGAUCUCUUGCGCCGUGCUGGUAUGCUCAAGUGCAAGAUGUCGCCCACACCCAUGUCUUCUACUGACAAGCUCUCAGCAACUGAUGGUGUUCUCUUAUCUUCCGAGGAUGCAACGGAGUAUCGCAGUAUUGUUGGUGGCUUGCAGUACCUGACCAUCACACGUCCGGACUUGUCCUAUGCUGUCAACAGAGUGUGCCAGUAUUUGCAUGCUCCUACUGAUGUACAUUGGUCUGAUGUCAAACGCAUCUUGCGUUAUGUCAGUCACACGUCUUCGUUUGGUCUUCAUCUCCGGGUCAGUUCAUCAGGCGUUUUGUCUGCGUUCUCUGAUGCUGAUUGGGCUGGGUGUCCAGACGACAGGCGAUCCACGGGGGUUAUGCUGUGUUCCUAG